CAACAUAAUAAUAUAAUGAGUCGAUCGUACAAUGACGAGUUACAAUAUCUGGACAAGAUUGACAAGAACUGCUGGCGAAUCAAGAAAGGUUUCGUCCCAAAUAUGCAGGUGGAAGGAGUGUUUUACGUCAACGAGUCCCUGGAGAAGCUGAUGUUUGAGGAGCUGCGUAACGCGUGUAAAGGAGGAGGUUUUGGUGGGUUUCUCCCUGCCAUGAAACAGAUUGGUAACGUUGCAGCUCUGCCGGGAAUAGUCCAUAGGUCCAUCGGCCUGCCAGACUGCCACUCGGGGUAUGGGUUCGCCAUCGGAAACAUGGCUGCCUUUGACAUGAGCGACCCCAACGCGGUCGUAUCCCCAGGUGGUGUGGGUUUUGACAUUAACUGUGGAGUGCGUCUACUAAGGACCAACCUAGACGAGGGAGACGUCCAGCCUGUCAAGGAGCAGCUGGCUCAGGCCCUGUUCGACCACAUCCCUGUCGGAGUCGGCUCCAAGGGAGUCAUCCCUAUGACCGCCAAGGACCUAGAGGAGGCUCUAGAGAUGGGAGUGGACUGGUCCCUGAGAGAAGGCUAUGCCUGGGCAGAGGAUAAGGAGCACUGUGAGGAGUAUGGCAGGAUGCUGCAGGCCGACCCAAACAAGGUCUCCUCCAAGGCCAAGAAGAGAGGCCUGCCUCAGCUGGGUACUCUGGGAGCAGGGAACCACUAUGCAGAGAUCCAGGUGGUGGAUGAGAUCUAUAAUGACUAUGCUGCUAAGAAGAUGGGUAUCGACCACAAGGGCCAGGUGUGUGUGAUGAUCCACAGUGGCAGCAGGGGGCUGGGCCACCAGGUGGCUACAGAUGCCCUGGUUGCCAUGGAGAAGGCGAUGAAGCGAGACAAGAUCCAGGUGAACGAUCGUCAGCUGGCGUGCGCUCGGAUCUUUUCAGAGGAGGGACAGGACUACCUGAAAGGAAUGGCCGCCGCCGGCAACUAUGCCUGGGUCAACCGUUCCUCUAUGACCUUCCUCACACGACAGGCGUUUGCCAAGGUGUUCACCACCACUCCGGAUGACCUGGACAUGCAUGUGAUCUAUGACGUGUCUCAUAACAUCGCCAAGGUGGAGGAACACAUGGUAGAUGGGAAACAGAAGACUCUGCUGCUGCAUCGCAAGGGAUCCACCCGGGCCUUCCCUCCACACCACCCCCUCAUCCCCGUAGACUACCAGCUGACAGGCCAGCCGGUGUUGAUCGGGGGCACGAUGGGCACCUGCAGUUACGUCCUGACGGGCACGGAGCAGGGCAUGACGGAGACCUUCGGUACCACCUGCCACGGAGCGGGUCGGGCUCUGUCUCGGGCCAAAUCCCGCAGGAACAUAGACUUCCAGGACGUGUUGGACAAGCUGGCAGACCAGGGUAUCGCCAUCAGGGUGGCUUCGCCCAAACUAGUCAUGGAAGAGGCUCCAGAGUCGUACAAAAAUGUGUGUGAUGUCGUCAACACGUGUCACGAUGCUGGAAUCAGCAAGAAAGCCAUCAAACUACGACCCAUCGCCGUGAUCAAGGGAUAAGGCUGCUCUGCUGGUGACGGUAUAGGCCACGGCACUCCAUCCAGGAG